UCGGCAUCGCUCUCUUAACGUUUUUUAAACCUCUACUGUAACGUGUCUGCAUGUUUUCUGUGCGUUUUUCUGAGUAGGAGCACUGUCGUUUAGACUUUGUUAUCCUGUCGGGGUAUGCGGUCUGCGGAUGCGGUGUACUCGGAGGCUGUAGCAUCACUGGGCUAGUCCCUGGCCUUGAUGAAACAUCCACAACCUCGAAGUUAAAGCUAACCAACAGUCGAACUACAAAUUCAGCCCCGAUAAAAUAGCAAACCGUAACUGGGGUGUUCUCGUUUCACCUCAACUUUGUUUAUGUGCUCUCAUCAUCUCGCAUUUUUCUGCUUUAACGCUUAACAUGUCAUUGAAACGGUGUGUGUCCUCUUCAUGUGCAAUCUACCAAACGCGGGGAUCCAAAUGAGCUGAAAGCAAUCUUCCAGAAGUAUGCCAGUGUAGUGGACAAGGAUGGAGAGAAGUUUAUGACCCCAGGGGAUUUUGUCCAGAAGUACUUAGGACUACAUACACAGAUCCACCACAACCCCAAAACAGUUCAGCUCAUUGCUGCUGUCGCUGAUACUACAAAGGACGGACUGAUUUCAUUCCAGGAGUUUCUUGCCUUUGAAUCAGUGUUGUGUGCACCUGACGCUCUCUCCAUAGUCGCCUUCCAACUAUUUGAUAAGACCGGAACUGGAGCCAUUUCCUUUGAGAAUGUGCGAGACAUCUUCAGCCAGACCACUGUGCACCAUCACAUUCCCUUUAACUGGGACUGUGAAUUCAUCCGUCUGCACUUUGGACACGACCGCAAGAAACGCCUCAGCUACCUCGAGUUUACGCAGUUCCUGCAGGAGUUGCAGUUGGAGCAUGCACGCCAGGCUUUUGCCCAGAAGGACAAAGGGAAGAAUGGAGUUAUCUCUGCUAUGGACUUCAGUGACAUUAUGGCCACCAUUAGACACCACAUGCUCACCCCGUUUGUGGAAGAGAACCUUGUCUCAGCUGCAGGGGGCAGUACAUCUCACAUGGUCAGCUUCUCGUACUUCAAUGCCUUCAACUCCCUCCUGAACAACAUGGAGUUGAUCCGAAAGAUCUACAGCACUCUGGCUGGCACGCGAAAGGACACACUCGCAACCAAAGAGGAGUUUGUUCAUGCCGCCAACAAGUUUGGUCAGAUCACUCCAAUGGAAAUCGACAUCCUGUACCAGUUAUCAGGCCUGCACUCCCCCUCUGGGCGCCUGAACCUCGCCGACAUUGAGAGAAUAGCUCCAUUAGAAGAAGGAUGUCUGCCGUACCACCUGGCUGAAUCGCAGAAACAGGCCCAUGGUGAUGGCUCCAGGCCUGUGUUGCUCCAAAUUGCAGAGUCUGCCUACAGGUUCACUCUGGGCUCCAUCGCUGGAGCCACGGGGGCAACGGCCGUGUACCCCAUCGACCUGGUGAAGACUCGGAUGCAGAACCAGAGGUCGACAGGAUCCUUUGUCGGAGAGUUGAUGUACAAGAACAGCUUUGACUGUGCUAAGAAGGUGCUGCGUUUUGAAGGAUUCUUUGGCUUCUACAGAGGUCUCGUUCCUCAGCUUAUAGGUGUGGCACCUGAGAAGGCUAUCAAACUCACAGUGAAUGACUUUGUUAGAGACAAGUUCACUGAUAAAGACAACAACAUCGCUUUACUUGCUGAAAUUCUGGCUGGUGGCUGUGCUGGAGGCUCUCAGGUGAUUUUUACCAAUCCUCUGGAGAUUGUGAAGAUUCGCCUGCAGGUGGCAGGAGAGAUCACCACUGGACCUCGAGUGAGCGCGCUCAGUGUGGUCCGGGACCUGGGCUUCUUUGGACUUUACAAGGGUGCUAAAGCUUGUUUCCUAAGAGACAUCCCCUUCUCCGCCAUCUAUUUCCCUGUGUACGCCCACACCAAGGCCCAGUUCGCUGAUGAACACGGCAGGCUGGGAGCUCUGCAGCUUCUCACUGCUGGAGCCAUAGCAGGUAUCCCUGCGGCCUCCCUUGUGACACCUGCUGAUGUCGUCAAGACACGUCUGCAGGUUGCAGCGAGGGCCGGACAGACCACGUACAGUGGAGUCAUCGACUGCUUCAGGAAGAUCAUGAGAGAGGAGGGCUUCAGGGCCUUGUGGAAGGGAGCUGGAGCUCGUAUGUGCCGGUCUUCGCCUCAGUUUGGUGUGACCCUGGUGACCUAUGAGCUCUUACAGAGGUGGUUCUACAUCGACUUCGGAGGACAUCGCCCGGCAGGAUCUGAGCCCACUCCCAAGUCUCGGAUCUCGGAGCUUCCUCCCAUCAACGCAGACCACGUUGGGGGCUACCGCCUGGCCGCUGCUACCUUUGCAGGGGUGGAGAACAAAUUUGGCCUCCACCUCCCUAAGUUCAAGUCCUCGGGUGUGGUUUCCAUACAUCCUCCAGAGCCAGCCCCCGCCACACCGGCCGAGGCACCGUAGAGGUGUAGAACAUCAUAUCAUUUCACCACCCCUUCUCUCCUCCACCAGGAGCCAGACACUUAGAUACACAACACCCACAGUAAAAACACACUCCACAAACGUAGGAACAAAUGACAGUGGCCUGCUGCUCUCUCCAUGGUGACGGUGUGGUCCAACGACAUUAAGCCGGUCGCUGAAGUGGAGAGUCGUGAAUGUGUCGAAGCAGACGGCGACAGGACCUGACCGCUCUGUAUCUUCAGUGGCUGAAUUCUCCUGGCAUCUCCAUCCUUUGUGUUCUCCUCCAGCAUUUGUUGAAAGAAAACUAAAGCCUAGUCCACACUAGUACGAAUAUUUUCUCAACAGAUAUUUCCCCCCUCUGUGUAAAAAGAAAAAGAAAAAAAAAAAUCUGUCCACUCCACCUUUUGUUUUCCUCUUGGAAAACCAACUAGAAAACCACUGUUUGUGGUGGAUUUUAAACCACAGCGGCUUUUCCCUGUGAAUGAAGUUGAGCAGCGUAAAAUAGUAAAGAUGUAGUUGACUUGACCAUCUAAGAAAUUAAAUCUCUUUUUUCAGAAUGAACUCAAGAUAAACUUGAUUCUAAGUGCUUUUUGUUAUCAACACUAUAUAUGUGCAAUAUCGAUUACGGAAACAAAAAGCAACACUUGUAAAUAACUAAGAUGAAGCACCAGUGAGCAAUGACUGAAUUCAGUCAAUUCAAACAAGCAAAAAGGGUGCAUUAUGAACUUUUCUUUUGUUGCACAAAUCUCGAUUUUAUGAUUUAGGUGUUUUUCACAAUAAUUAAAAAACAAAAACUCAAUUAAUUUGAUAAAUUUCCCAGUGCCGGGAUGAACCGAACAAUUAAAAAGGUGGCCUAUAUCCAUUGUUGUAGUUCCAGAUAUAUUCACAUUACAUGAGCCUUUACUGUUCAAAGUGUGACAUUGUGGCCUAAAACACCAUUUGCAUGUUGAUGGGAGGCCCAAACGUAGAGGACAGUGUUUUGUGAAAUAUCCGUAUUAUUGUGGACGGGGCCUAAGGCGCCACAGGCCUCUCUCUCUCAUAUGAUUUUUAUCAAGUUUUCCGUCUGAUACUCAGUCAGACUUCUCUUAUUGGUCAGUGGGCAUAGUGAAUAUUAGAUUGGGUCAGCGUGGUGUGUGGGGCUUCACUCCUGAUUGAUCCUCACACAGGAGGCUACUUAACUGUACAUAUUGUAUAACUGUACGGAGACAGCACAUUGACAGGAAGUAGCACAACAAAUGUUACAAAAAUCCUCUUAUACAGUAACUGUAAUGUUACGGCAAUGUGGGGCCUUUGGUCCUGGUCUCUGAGAAUCACUUACUGAUGUACAGAACUUUUCAAGUGUUUUCUUGAUAAACAAGAAUCAUGGGCAGAGAAUUAGUUAUUAAUAAAUUAAAUGUAUCUCAGUUCUGUCAUUGUAUUUUAUUGAAUAAAUCAUCCAUAUGGUUUUAAUUUUA